UCUCUGUUCUUUAGACUGGAGAACUUUUACACAAGGGCUGUGCUCCAGCCUCCAGCUGAACUAUGUCCUUUCUCAGGACUGUUUUAAACGACUCUGUCAUCAUUCAUCCUCCAGGUUUCUAUAUCAUCGGAUUUCAGACGUUUCCCUACAUUAGUGUCUACUUCAUCUUUCUAGCGUUUGUUUAUGUGGUCACGGUUCUGUUCAAUAGUCUGGUGAUCUAUGUAAUUGCCUUUAAUCACUGUUUACACACUCCAAAGUUUUUGGCUGUGGUCAACCUUGCAGUAAUUGAUGUAAUCUUAAACACAUGUACUAUUCCCAACAUGAUAAAGAUAUUUCUAAUUAAGGACAACUUUAUUCCAUUCAAUUUAUGUUUAGUGCAAAUGUAUGUAUACUAUACAUUUGCAUCAUUGGAGUCAUAUGCUCUUGCUAUACUUGCCUAUGACCGGUUAAUUGCAAUAUGUUUCCCUCUGCGUCAGAACUCAAUCAACACAUUGCGGAUCAUGUCUUGUAUUAUCGGCCUGACUUGGUCUCUUGGCCUGGGAGUCACAGCAUUUUCAACAGGUAUAAUGACCCGACUGUCUUUCUGCAAUUCUGUCAGAGUGUUCAGCUAUUUCUGUGACUAUGCCCCUGUGUUUAGACUCGCCUGUAAUGAUUACACAUUACAGUGGUCUGUGGCCUCUUUGCUUACUUUCUUGCUCCUUGUGGGACCCUUUACUUUCAUUCUUCUGUCUUAUGUCACCAUCCUGGUGACAGUGUUCAGGAUGAAGUCACUGGACAGUCGGGUGAAAGCUUUGGCCACUUGUGUUGAGCAUCUGAUUCUUGUUGCUGUGUUUUACAUUCCUCUUGUUGUCAUUUUCACGAUUGGGUUUUAUCUGGGAGUCAUUCACCCAGACCAGCGUGUGCUGAGCCUGUCACUGGCCUCUUGCCUCCCACCCUGCAUCAAUCCUAUUGUAUAUUCACUGAAAACUAAAGAGAUCAAAACCAGAGCCCUGGCACUGGUCAGAAAAAAUAAAAUUGGCACACAACAAAUAUACCAGCAAAAAAUCUAUCCUUAG